CUUGACCACUGCUGCAUUUCUACAUUCUCCUCACACAAAAGAUCAACAAUAACGCCACAAUUCCAUGACAUCCUCACUCUAAGUGCUCAGGAGCAUGAGGUCAGUGACAUUCAGUACACAGUUGCACAACUGCUCUACGUCAGAGUAUGUGCCCAUGUGGGUCUUUUGAAGAUAAGAAGAGAGACUAAUAACCUCAACAAAACCUUGUCAGGCCACGCAAUCGCUAGUUUUCCAGUAAAAUCUACUACAUAGUUCAUCUGUAACGACUCAACCAUCACUCAAACACAAUCUCCACCCCCUUCCUGUGUAAAGAUGCGAGAACAUCUUCAAAGUUCACGAAGUCGAAGAGACCAGUAGUAGAGCGAAGGGAAAAUUAGCGAGACGUUCUUGGGUUCUGUAAGUGGAAAGAAUCCAUGCAGGAAUUGGGACUGGAGAGGAUGGCAACUAGAUUCAAUUGCUGUUAGAGAGGGGGCUGAAGCAACUGCUGUGCACAACUGUCUUUUAGUUUUUUAUUUAUUUUUCCUUCUGAAGACAACAUUUGAGAUUCCUUCCGACUCUUUGCAAUUCGAGCUCAACCUUGUUGCAUCCGUCAAGCUUCGCGGAAGAAUUUGAGGAAUCGAAACAUCAUCAACCCAUUGUGCCAGACGACGAAAAUUGCGAGAAGUGGUGGCCUGUCACCACUCCACUCUCCUAAAUAAUUUCGACCUCCAUACGGGGCAGGAUUUGUUGUCUCUCACCUAGAAAUUUGGGCCUCUCACAGGAAGGGAGGCGAUGUGUGUUUUUUAGGUUCGUGGAUUGAGGAGCUUUGCAGAGUGGGUAUUGUUCGUCUCCCCACCCACUUAUUACAACUCGGGAUCCUCGUUUUCUUCUGAUGAGACAGUGACUAUGGCGGAGAAGACGACGAAGAAAACCAUGAAAAGGGAAAGAGAGGGAAGCCCUAUGAGGACUGUCUCCCUGCACCAUUUCCACGACACUGAGAAUUCCCAGUCCUUGGACGUUUCCUGCUCCGAGGUAAUGCAAGAGGAGUAUGGGCUCUAUGUGUGGCCUUGCAGCGUAGUGCUGGCAGAAUACAUCUGGCAAAAUCGUCAGCGAUUUGUCGGCUCGAGGGUUAUUGAGUUGGGCGCAGGUACCGCUUUGCCGGGUGUAGUGGCCGCCAAAGUUGGAGCCUCUGUUGUGCUAACGGAUCGGGAAGAUCAGCCCCAGGUCUUCGAGAACAUGCAAAAGACAUGUGACUUAAAUCAGAUCACCUGUGAGAUGCAAAGGUUGACCUGGGGUCAAUGGAAUGACAAAGCUUUCGCUCUACGACACCCCGGUCAGGUUGUACUGGGUGCAGACGUCCUUUACGCAAGCAAAGAUUUCGAUGACCUGCUUGCCACCGUCAAGUUCUUGUUGCUAGGAAUGCCAGAUUCUGUCUUCAUCACCACAUAUCAACCUCGCAGCGGCCACAGGUCCAUUGAAUACCUGAUGGCGAAGUGGGGCUUGCAAUGCACCCAGCUUCUUGACGCAGCAGACUUUCUUCCUGCAUCGAAGUUGUCCGCUUUGUCGAACUCAGUGGAGCUUGUCGAGGUGAAAUCCCACAAUUGACGUAUCAAUGUACAAGUCAUGCAGGUGUAUCUACCACUACCAUCACCAGUUGUCGAGGCAGUGCUACUGUUAAGUAUCUAUCGAUCUAUCUAUGUGCACUUGUGUAAUUUUGCAGUGACUAUGGUGCCGGUGUGGCUUGCUUCUGGUUUGUGACCGGUCAAUGUAAACACAACAUCACCCUGAUCUCGUUCGGUGUUCUGAACUCACUUCAAUUGAUGGAUUAGCUCCACAAUGGUACUGAAUCAGACUAAAUUUUUCUUUUUUGUAUAUUGAAUAGGCAACCAUUUACGCUCAAAAUCCUGGUAUUCGUAGAGAGAUCUUCUAUGAUGGCUACUUUGAGAAGGAAUAAAAGGAAAGGAAAUAAAAAAAAGCAAUGGUGAAAAUAAAACACAACAUAUUCUUUA